GUGGGGCUGCACGUGCAACUCCCUUGGUCCGGACUGCGUGCUCGGGAUGCAGGGAUCUCUUGGGGUUCUUUUGGGGGAGGGAUAUGGGGACUGCAUCCAUCACAUUUGGGGUUGGAAUCUGGGGCUCCUCACAUUGCCCUCGGGGUCAGGACGCAGGGACUGCCUGCAUCCUGCUAUGGGACCCUCGCAUGGAACUCAGGGGCAGGACAGGGGGACAUUCACAUUGCACUUGGGAUCAGGACACUGGGACUGUGGUGUCAGGGUUGGAACACGGGGACCUUUGUCCUGGGGUCGGGGUCAGGCUGUGGGGAGCCCUGCAUGGCACCUGGGGUCACAGAGGGACAGGCCACAGGGGGCUGGGACACGGGGACCCUUGUGUUGGGUCUGGGAUGCAGGAUCCUCACGUUGGGAUUGUGGUCAGGACUUCGGGACCCUUUUGUUUGGGCCGGUAUGGAAGAACCCUUGUGACGGGGAGGACCUGGGGACAUCUGCAUUGGCGUCAGGACUUGGGGAACUCCCUGCAGGGACUGGAAACAGGGACAGUGGGGGCAGGUUGUGUCUGUCCCCUCCCUCCUCGCAGGGACGGUGACCAGGGACCACAUCCAGGCUCCCACCGACUGCUCCAGCACCACCGCCCCCAGGGGGCUCCGGAUAAUUCACAUGUGGCACCGGAGCUGCUUAACCCCAUCCUGAUCCAGCCUUCACCCCCAAAACCCCACUGCCAUGAAGAAGAAGCCGUCCAACGGGCGGGGGCCGGACCCUGCGGCCCCCCAACAGCGAGCCCGGGGUGUCACCAAGCCAGCAGAGGACGGGUGGGUUUUGCCCCCCCAGUACGUGGGUUCCUUCGUGGUGGAGGAGCUGGACCUGCAGCAGGGGGGGCGGCUGGAGGAGCAGCUGCGGGCACUGAAGGACUGUCCCAGGAGGAGGUUGGUGGUGCUGAGGUUCAGUUUGCAGGGUUUGAAGGUCUACGGCGCUGACGGGGAGACCCUGCUGAUGGCCCACGCUCUCCGCCGGAUCCUGUACAGCACGUGCAGCCUCGCCGACCGCCAGUUCGCCUUCGUGGCCCGCAACCCCCACAGCCCCCCCAGCGCCCUCUUCUGCCACCUCUUCGUGGGGCUCCCGGGAGAGGUCCAGACCCUGCACCUCCUGCUCUGCCGCUGCUUCCAGCUCUGCUACCUCCUGGCGCACCCCGAGGAGCAGGCGGGCGAGGGGGAGCCCCCGGGGCCGGGGGUGCUGCGGGAGCCCCUCAACCCCGACGAGGUGUCUCGCAACGUCAACGCCCUGGUGUCGUUCCGGCGCCUGCCCGUGCCCGCCGGCCCGGGCUCGCUGGGCACAGGGCACGUCAUCAAACAGCACGAUUUACAGGACCGGCGGCCGGAGGCAGAGGGCAGAGCCGGCUCCUGGCGCCCGGGGAACCCCUACUGCUCCCCGGUGCUGGUGCGCAAGAAAGCCAUUCGCAGCAAAGUGCUGCGCUCGGGGGCCUACCGGGACUGCGGGGCCGAGGGGCAGCUCCACCAGCCGCCCCGCGACGCCGCGGCGGCGGGAUGGGAGAGCAAAGGCGCGCGGAGCUUGGCCCUCCUGCCCGAGAACGAGAGCGUCCUGGCCGAGAGCGUGUGGGCCUUCGCCGGCAUCGCCAGGGACGCGGGGGUCGCGCUGCUCCGGCGGGACGUGCCCGGAGCCUUCCUGCUGCGCCCCGAGCCCGGGCUGCCCAAGCGCUGGUGCCUGUGGGUGCGGGCGCCCUGCGGCGUCGUGUCCUACGGCCUCCUCAGGACACACCAGGGCAGGUUCUGCGUGGAGCACUCCAACGCCGAGUUCGCCAGUGUGGCCGCCCUCUUGGCUCACUACUCGGCGGCGCCGGGGGGCUGCUUCUGCCGCCUGGCCCCCGGCCACCGCAACCCCGGCUACGAGGAGCGGGACCCCGGCGGCGGGGCCGGCGCCUGCGGGGGGGAGUCCGCCUGGGCCCCCUCUGCCCCCAUCGGGGUGCAGCAUGAGCGAGGGUAG